AAAAGAAUGAGAUCUUGACACUUGUGGCCAUAUCAUGGUUGGAAACAUUGGAACACUCUUUAAGAUUCGUAUUGGUCAUACUAACUCUGGACCCUCCCCUUCCUGGCACUGUAAAGAGAUACAAUUGUGGAACAUGAAUUCUGGAAAAGAGUUUUAUAUACCUGUUCAACGAUGGUUGGCACGAGAUCAAGAGGAUGGGGAAAUCUGUCGAGAAUUUCCUGUUUUAAACAAAGGACAACCCUUACUUCCAGUGACAGUAUACGAAGUGCAUGUGGCAACAGGUGAGCGUUGGAAUGCUGGAACAGGAGCAAGUGUGUACAUUUCUAUCUAUGGGGAUAAGGGAGAUUCAGGAUCUAGACAACUAUUUCAAUCAAAGAGCUCCUUCAGUUUUUUAAGAGGACAAACUGACACCUUCUCCCUAGAAGCUGUGCACCUUGGGGAUUUAUAUAAGAUUGUCAUAGGUCAUGAUGGGAUUGGCCCAGGAAAUGGCUGGUUUCUUGAGGAUGUUGUAAUCAAGGAUCCUGUAACAAAUCGUGAAUAUACCUUCUUCUGUCACAGAUGGUUGGAUCAAGGGGAAGAUGAUGGUAAGAUAGCCAGAGAACUGCAUGUAAUGGAUAACAGCAUCAUCUUUGCAAGUGAGUGUCAUAUAUUAGAAAAUUCUUACUAUGAUGGUUGAGGAAAGUAUGAUUCUGCUGAAAUUAAUGAUUUUAUUUCAUUUAUUCCCUCAGGGCAGAAGCUAGAACUUAAUAGAAAAGAAACAUGGGCUGCAGAAAGAUGGAAGUUUAUGAAAGGAAAUACUCUACAAUUCUAUAACAGGCUCACUGGAGGGUUUGUCCGUCUGCAUCCAGAUGGCACAGUUGAUGCAAUUGGAGAGAAGACAGACAAAUAUGGUCUCUUUGAUGUUAUUUUCAACAGAGGAAAUAUAUGCAUUUUCCAAAGUCAUAAAAUAAGACAUCUUUCUCUUGCUAUUGACAAUAGCAAUGUCACUGGAAUGGUUACCGGUGGAGCCUGUACUGAGUUGCGGGUGCUUUAUCAGCACGACCGCUGUGCACUUCUUGAGUCAGUGCUGGUUCCUGGUCAUGUAGUUACUGUUGAUCAUCAUGGCAAAAUAGCUGAUGAAUCAUCAGCAGGCUAUGCAGACCUUUCAAAGGAAUUUGUGGUUUUUGUCAAGGGUGUGUUCCUCAACAGUGCUGUGGUUCUACUUGCUACCAGCCUGUGCCAAGCCCUGUGUCUCCAGCCUGAUGGGAGCUGCACUGGAGUGGGAAGCCAGUCUGAAAAAUCCUACUGGAAAGUGCAUAAAAUCAGCUCUGGUAUUUGCAUGUUCGAAAGUGUGAAAAAUGAACGGAUGUAUCUAAGGAUUAAGGAUGGCCAGUGUGAUGGAACAGGUACAGGAGAUACUGACUGUCAUUUUAAAAUUAAGAAGAACUUGGAAAAUGCAUCUAUAAGCCUGGAAUCCAUGAAAAGCCCAGGACUGUUUGUUGGACUUCAGCCAGAUGGACAGGCAAAACCAGUUAUUUAUACUAAGAAUGGGAAUGUUUUCUUCUAUCCGCAGGUCAUCAAAUUUGGCAGAGAAAACCCAAUGGGUAUGUCAGCAACACCCAGCCAAGAGGAGGAAAAAGUCCAUGAGUCAAAAAACCAGCAAGAAACACUACCAGAAUCUGAGGCCAAGUGUUCCUUACUUUCUUCAGCUGCAAUAGUGAGAUACUAUGUUGAUGUCCAUACCGGGCAACUGAAGCAAGCAGAAACAGAGUCUGAAGUUUCCCUGUGUCUCUGUGGAGAGAGGGGAGACUCCGGUCUUAGACUGCUGGACAAAUCUAAUAUGCCAGUAAAAUUUCAAAGAGGACAGACUGAUACAUUUCAAGUGGAAACAGUGUCACUUGGAAAACUGCAGAAGGUGCUGUUGCACUGCGAGGCCAAUGAGGAAUCCCAGUAUUGGUACUGUGAGAAGGUCGUGGUCAGAGAACUUGAGACUGCAUCGGAGUCUGUCUUCACCUGUGAAAGGUAGUGCUGGCCCCUGUGUUACUUCAGAGUGUGUUGCAACAUGGAUAAUGCUGUGUGUGUGUGAGUGU